AUUAGCCUCUAUACUGGUAGCUUCGGACAGUCCGGUAGGUUCGGACGUUUUAAAAAUGACGUAAAAUCGAAGGUAUAAACGCGACGUCGCGAGCCAAUCUUCUGACAAUAUUUUGACAAGAAGACACACUGUCGUAUUCCAGUAAGAAAAAUCAGCAAAAUGCGCCAUAAACAGCCGAAAGCAUCGAAAUAUCAUGGUAAAUACAGGGGAUACAGAAAAGAGGCACUUGUUCUGGCUGUCGAAGCUGUCCAAAAGGGAUUGUCGGUGCGGAGAGCCGCAGCACAAUUUUGUGUGCCACGGGCCACCCUUGCUGAUAGAGUAUCGGGACGGAUAAGUGGUACAGUAACCAAGGAGACACUCUUUAACCAAGAGGAGGAAUUGAGGUUAGUGGAGUAUUUAGAGUCACUGGCACAGCUCGGAUAUGGGGCCACUAGAAGUCGACUCAAAGAUUUGGCUGGGGAUUUAGCCUUUAGCCUUGGUAAACGGGGAAAGAAUAAGCCUUUAAGCAACGACUGGGUCUCGGGAUUUUUACAGAGAUGGAAAACACGCCUGUCAUCUGUUCGCCCAAGUGCAUUGGAAUCUUACCGUGCGAAGUAUGCAACUCCGGAAUCGGUGGAUCAUUAUUUCAAAAAUCUUGAAGAAACAUUAAAAAAGUAUGACUUAUUAAACAAGCCAGAGUGCAUUUACAAUUUAGAUGAGACCGGUAUCCAGCCAGAACAUCGCCCCCUUAACAUUAUUGCCCCCACCUGUGAAAAGGCGCAGUCAGUUACAUCCCCGAGAUCAACAACAACUACCGUAAUUGGGUGCGCAAAUGCUAUGGGCAAUCACGUUCCACCUUUCUUUGUUUUUAAAGGGAAACGGGAGAAUCCCGAGCUUAUGAAAGGUAGCUCUCCGGGUUCAAGAUUUUGUAUGUCCGACUCUGGGUGGUCAAACAGUAACGUUUUAAAAAUUUAUCUUGAGCAGCAUUUCAUUCCGAACGUCCGACGUGGAGAGAAUGACAAGCAACCGAUAUUGCUUCUUUUUGAUGGGCAUAGUUCUCACACAUCCACUGAUCUUAUUGAAUGGGCCAUUUCAAAAAAUAUUAUCUUAUUUGUAUUACCUGCUCAUACAUCACACAUAUUGCAGCCAUUGGACGUAGCUAUUUUUGGCCCCUUUAAAGGUCAUUAUUACAGGGAAUGCGCUGCAUUUAUGCAUAGGCAUAUGGGUAGAUCAGUCACCAAAUACGACAUGGCAGAAAUUGCGUGCACGGCAUAUUUGCAUGCAAUGAGUCCCUUAAAUAUUGUAUCGGCCUUUAGAAAGACGGGAAUAUACCCCUUUAACCAACAGGAGAUUCAGGCUGAAAAAUUGUUCCCAUGUGAGACUUUCAGGGAAGACACGCCCUUACAGAAGGUGAUUGCAAUGAAAACUGGUAAAGAGGCAGUUGAUAAAUACUUCGAAGACAAGUACAACCGUAGAAGUUCUAGCCCUAUGUCACCAAAGACAGGUGUUCAAGUAUCCAAAUGCACUUGCAAAAAGGCCAUAUUGAAACCUAAACCCAGUGGAAAACAAAUAACCGAGGCCACUUUCUUGCAACAGCUGUACGAAUACGAGCAUGCAAAAGAAACCCGUACUGGCACAACUGCAACGAAUCCGAAGAGUCCCCAACCAUCGACAAGUGGAAUUCACAACAACUCCAUUGAAAUUGCUUUAAGCGAUAAUGACAUUUCCGAUGAAGACUCUGAGGUUUGCUGUGUAUGUAAGAGUUUUUACCCACCAUCGGAAAAAAAUCCUUAUCUUAAAAUUGUUAAUUGGGCCUAUUGCGAUAAAUGCAGUCAUUGUGUGCAUCUAUCUUUUUGUCACGAGAAACGAGUCAUAAGGAGAGGAGACACGUUUUUGUGUCCCCACUGUGUUUAGUUAAUUAAUUAUUGCGUUACGUGUUCUCCCUUAUCAUGCUUUUCAUAUUGUUCUCGUCUUAACAUUUAUAUAAUCGUGCGUAGUCUUUUAAACGAGAAACAUAAGUACCAAUCUUAAAAACACCAAGUCGGAAGGGAUGUGUGUAUAGUUGUGAUUGACGGCAAAACCAUACACAUAUCCGUACUGUUAUCAUUUUUAAAUUUUUGCUGUGUAAAAUCUGAAAAGGAUAUUGUCGUUUCAAAUUAUAUAUAUAUAUAUAUAUAUAUAUAUAUAUAUAUAUAUAUAUAUAUAUACCAAUAUAUAGUGCCAGUUACGCGGUCUCGGUAGUUUUCAGACUGUACUUACGAGGUCAAUAUAAAAAACGGGGUCUAUAUACAACCCCGCAUUCUAGGCUCCUUUAAUUACUAUGAGGGGGGUGUAGGGGAGGUAAUGCAAUCAAAUCUCACAAUAAGGUCUUAAAUCGAAAACCACAAUCACGUCUGAAAUUGAAAUUGUAUAUACCUCGCAAAUAAGUUCGCUAUAUAUAUUCCUUGUAUAAGACGUUAAAUAAAUGGCGUGUUCAUAAAUAACAAUAUAUAAGGUACCCUUAUAUACCUUAAUUCGUGUUAAUAUCGGAUAAAAAAGGGUAUGGAGAUACAGGUUUUUUAUGUGGGAACCCCAUAACCUAUUUCUAAAUCAGAGACCCCGUAACUUGCCUUA